AUGGCAUUCACCCCCGUCGCUAAUGUCGAUGAGAUUCUGGCCUCUAGCAUGGAGACGGUUGAGAGUUUGGUUCCCCCUCGUGACACUGGGGACAGUGAUCCGGAAUGGGAGAAGCCGGAUGACGAUGUGGCUGUGGCCCGUGCGACCCUUGCACACAAUCUUCACGCCCAUGACGAUGAGAAGGUUAACUCCACUUUGACCUCUUUCACAGCUCUGGAGGUGGACGAUACCAGCAUGGACCUGCGGCUCCAGGAAAUGGAAGCGGCCAUGGCACGUCUGCUGGCCAAGGGCAGUGAGAUGGUGGUUGUCACGGAGGACAGCCAACAGCCGACCGAUAUGGUUGUCCAAGCGACCCACCCUGAGGACCGCCCUGUUGCGAAUAUGGACACGGAGCCUGCCGCCUCCCUCAAGGAAACCGUUGCCGACAUGGACACCUCGGGCCCUGAGGUGUCAACUCCAGGUGACUUUGUCCCUGAGGGGGGUGCCUCAGACGGUCCCAGGGGAAGUGGCGAUUCGUUUAAGACAAGACCAUCCUCGGCCCUGCCCGCCGGCACCUUGGAGGAGAAGGUCUUCCGCAUCGAGGGCUUCCCGGAGGACUUCCCGGGCAUUGGCAAAAAGAGUGCAGAUCUGGCACAGCAGCUGACCCAGGAGGAGAUCGCCUCAUUGUUCUCCAAGCUCCGGACGGAGAACUGGACACGCCCUGCAGUCGAAAGGGUAUUGGAGGUAGACCAGAUCUACAAGAGACAGCUGGCCCAGGAAAAGAUGCUGCCCCUUACAAUCGUGCUCGCAGGGGGGUGGGACACAGCAGCAUGGGCCAGCUGGACCCUGGCAGCACAGGUCGAGGGGAAAUGCAAGCUCUGCCAGAAAUCCGUCAUCGCUGUGGACAAGGGCCCGCCCUCUGCAGAGAUCAAGCUGGGUGCCUAUGGCCGUGCAGUUUUCUCACAAGGAGAUCAGGGCCUUCCACCCCCUGCGGCGGCGUUGGAGAUCACGAAGAAGAGCUCGGGCCCGGUGGAUAAGGACAGCAGGAAGCUCACGGAGGAGCAGUUUCUGGAUCACAUCAACCCCCAGCUGGACGUGAUCGUUGAGAUGCAGGCAGGCGCGCAGAGCGUCGAGGAGGCAAAGGGCGCGUCAAUCCUCCGCCAGUUGGACACAGAGAAGUUGCGCUCCCUUCUCAAGCGCAACUAUCUCCAAGGCCCGGGAAACCAGGGAGAGGAGUUCAUUACAGCGCAAACCACCUUGGAGGAGGCCAAGGCCUCCAACAAGCGCAUGCAGGAGGAGGGAGCCCAGCGCUCCAUGCUCCUCAGGCCUGUGGCCGACUCCAUUGACACCUGGGGUACUCAGCUGCGCGCGGCCCUGGAGAUGAACGUGUUCAAUCCGGAUAGCCCGCUCAAGGACAUGGAGCUUGACGACAUCGAGGCCAUGAAAGACCGGUACAUGAACACGAAGUUCCUGCUGAACCAGAGCAGGAACCCUUUCCCGGCCUCCUUGCCGCAAGAGCUCCCCAGCCUGGCCGCGCUCCAGCGUGAGGGUGAGCGGGUCGCCCGGGACUCAGGCGGGGGGCUGUCUUCAACAGGUGCCUUUGGCCCUGAGGAGCAGUCCCCUGAACGCAUCAUUGAGCUGCACAUGGGGGAGCAGCGAAUGAUCGGGGGCCGAUGGAAGAAGGUGCAAGGACCACUCGCUGCCCCGACGUGGGCAAAGCCUCUCCCUGAAGGGGAAAAGCUCAUGUUGGAGAUGAGGACACAUCCCUGCUCCUUCAAGCAGCCAUUCUUCGAGCCGAUUGCCCUCACCAAAGAGGAGAUUGACGCACAGGUGGCAAUGGGCACGAGGCCCCCCCUGGACAAGAUCAUCGGACCCUUCCAUGCCGAGGGGGAUGGUGGCACCCACUGGCAAAAGGAAGUGCAGACGUGGGACCUGGUGAGCCUCUUCUCCUGCUUCGGCCACACCUACUCGGCCAGACACCUGUAUGCGGUGUGGAGCCACUUGCCGAUCACAAUCCAGUCCCACAAGCGGGGGGCCAAGAACAAACAGCAGAACCUGCAACGUCGAGACGACCAUCGUCUGCUGAUGAAGGAGGCCAAAGAGUUUGUGAUCCUGCACGACCUUCCGGUUCCUACGACAAACCAGGAGUGGAAGCAGCUCUAUCGCGAAAUGGGGUCCUUUUUCGCCGCCAAGGUCUUCAUAAACCGCACACCGCAGGUGGUUUUGGACCUCCCCGUGGCAGCGACUCCAAGCAGCACAUGCGACUGCGAGCCGUAUGUGAUAAACGGAUCACCCUGCCCCUGA